AGCACAAAAGAAGCAGGGUGUUCAGUUUCGGUAGACUAUAUACAUCCGGCAGAGCCAAAAUCUUUCGCUUCUUCUGCUUCACUUCCAAUAAUUCGCGAAUCCCUAGAACAAUCAAUGGAACAGAGGAAUUACAGAGCCGAUCCUCUUCAACCCGCCUUCCUCCUGCUCCUCUUCCUCUCCCUUUCUGGCCGAUCUGUCGUCCACGCCUACAAGAACUACACCGUCGGAGAUUCCCUCGGCUGGUUCGACAAAUUGGAGAAGCCUGCCGUCGAUUACCAGAAAUGGAUCGCCGGCAAGAACUUCGGCCUCGGCGAUUUCCUCAUUUUUAACACGGACAACAACCACUCGGUUGUGCAAACAUACAAUUUUACCAUGUACAAGCUAUGCGACAACGACGACGCAUCGGCAAACGACACGACGGAAUGGUCCGCCGCCGACCCGUCGGCAACCGCUCCCUACGCCGUCACGGUGCCCGUCCCACUAAUCAAAGAAGGUAUCAAUUACUUCUUCUCCGGCAACUACGACGGAGAGCAGUGCCAAAACGGGCAACACUUCCAAAUAAACGUCACACACGGUCAGGGCCUGCCCAAGAGCAUGAGAGAUUCUUCCGACGAAGCUCCGGGUCCGGCGGUAGCUCCCGACACCGGCGACGAAACCGAAUCUGCACCGGACACAAUCAUCCCGUCCAGCUUCGACCAUCCUCGAAACGACGUCGCUGAUACCGACGACAAGGAAGCCUCGGGCUCUGUUUCGUUAUUGCUUCACUUCAAGUUCAAUGACUUGUUCUUCUUGUUAGUUGGUAUUGCCUCCAUAUUUUUCAUCAUAGAGUGAAUUUGGUUUCUGUCAUUAUUAUUAUUUUUUAUUUAAUUAUUACGUUAUUUAAUACUCAAAUAAUGUGGGUCCUUUUACUUGGUGUUUAUAUUAACACAUAAUAGUUAGCUUAUAGGUUUUAUUUAGGAUUUCCCCCCUCUUUUGUGCAUGUUAUACACAAAAUAUAUAAUGUAAUAAUGGAU